CACCUCUCUGCCUCCCACUUUGUCCAAAUCUUCCCAGUUCCCUUGACUCACUUCUCCCAUUAACUCGUCCCUCACACAAAGAUUGAAGAUGUUCAUCUCGCGAAGCGAAUAUGAUCGUGGGAUCAACACCUUCUCUCCCGAAGGCCGUCUCUUCCAAGUCGAAUACUCCCUUGAAGCCAUAAAGCUUGGAUCCACCGCCAUAGGUGUUGCUACUGGCGAAGGCGUAAUACUCGGCGUUGAAAAACGCGUAACAUCCACCCUCCUCGAAACCUCUUCAGUGGAGAAGAUAGUCGAGAUCGACCGUCACAUCGGAUGCGCCAUGUCAGGACUACAAGCUGAUGCGCGCAGCAUGGUCGAACAUGCACGCGUUGAAUCUCAGAACCACGCCUUCCAUUACGCGGAGCCAUUGCGAGUUGAGAGUUGUACACAGGCGAUAUGUGAUUUGGCUUUACGGUUUGGUGAGGGUGCGGAUGGCGAGGAGAGCAUUAUGAGUAGACCAUUCGGAGUGGCCCUGUUGAUUGCGGGGUUCGAUGAAGAUGGGCCGUCGCUGUACCACGCUGAGCCUUCGGGCACAUUCUAUCGUUAUGACGCCAAAGCUAUUGGCUCCGGUAGUGAGGGUGCCCAAGCUGAGCUCCAGAACGAAUUUCACAAGUCCCUUACAUUGUCGGAGGCCGAAAUCCUGACACUCAAGACCCUGAAGCAGGUGAUGGAGGAGAAGCUGGAUUCGAAGAACGUGCAGCUGGCCAGCGUGACGAAGGACAAAGGAUUCAGGAUUUACACGGACGACGAGAUGGCCGAGGUGGUGGGCAGGUUACCGACGAAUUAGACGGCCAGGUAAUGCGACGGUUGAAUGUAUCAUAGACAGGUCAUUACAGCAAGCAUAGUAGCAUUGGCCAAAGGAAAACAUGACGCAGAUUUACGAACAGCAUCACGUAUGCGUUAUUGAAACGACAAAUGAAAGUUUCGCUACGCUCGAUCAUGUUAUCUCACAAGCCAGCCAAUCUAUAAGCAUUACCACCCGG